GCCGCAUUUGUGGUACCCCUAGUAUGGGCGGUCGUGACAGAAAACCAUCGUCAUCUUCAUCCUCACACUUCCUAACAAGCUUCACGUAAAAUCCGGUAUCAGAAUCGAAACAUACUGAUUUCAAACCAUGAUUCAGGCUGUUGGAGCUUUCGGAAACUUCAACCCUUUCGGUAAUUACCGAAGGCACUGGAAGAGAGUGGUCAGCAAUUUCGAAGCUAGGGCUGCUCAAAUGAGAAGCAUGAACAACUUGCUCCUCAUCAGUCGAUGACCCGAAAGACGAGGAAGAGUGGGCUGUUCGGCACGGCAAUCCCGUAUCAUCAUACCCUGAAUAAUUCAGGAUCCGAAAGACGCAUCGGACUCUCAACCUCAAGAUUCAACGGAACCGACUAUGUUUGAAUCUUCUUCCUAGACUCCUCACAAUCACCCCGACCAUUCUUUAAGUCAAGCACCCUACUAGAGUUCAAUGUACCAUCUAUGCCAACGAGGACAUCAUUCUCAACCAUUUCCACCUCCAAUUUAUUUUCAAACAAAGAAUCCAUAAACUCAUUUGAAGGUAGAACAUCUAGUUGAUUGUCAUCAACCACACAUGAAACUGCAACGUCAAAGAAUGCCGGAGCAAAUACCUCUUGUGUGACCUCCUCGUUUCGUUGCGGUGGCGGACGAAUGGGCUCAUGUCCUGCGACUGGGUACAGGUUGUUGCUGAUUCCGGCUGGUCCAAUCCGUCUGCGGAAACGGUCCGGGUGAGGCCGUCAUCGCGUGACAAGCUUGUAAUCUUUGAGCGAUGACGAAAGUGUCCCGGAGCGUGCUCGGACGUCGAAUGAGUACUACCUGUUUCAGCGGUGAUUUGAGGCCCGCGAUGAACAAAUAGGAUAGCAUCGAUUCCCCGACGUGCGAAGCAUGUGGUAGCAAUGCUUCGAAUGAUGUUUGAUAGGCUUCGAAGGUUGAAGUUUGACGUAGUCGUCAUCAUAUAAAUCGGGAUCGAAUCGCUGCUUUACUGCUAGCAAAAAGUCAUCCCAGCCCUUUCCCUUGUUAUUUUCCACCCAAUAUUCCCUCCAAUCCGAUGUUGGGUGAUCGAAUAAAUAUUGUGUAAGAUAAAGACGAUCAUCCAGCGAUGUGCAGUGGUGAUUAUAGUACUUUUGGAUCUUACUGAUCCACUCCGAGACAUUCUCUCCGUCGAAACGUGGUGGCUCGAGGCGGAGGCGUGGUACGGGGCAGGGUUUGAUACUCAGCGGUGCGUUUGUGACCGACGGUGGAAGAGACCAGCCCCGCUGCGGUGUCACGACCGGCUGUUGGUCCGGCGGCUCCUUUGGUCUCGCGAAGGUAGUCGUGAGCUUGGUAAGGGCUUCCUCGAUGUUCUUGUGGACUUGGCUUGAGUAUGCAUGCAACGGAGGUGGGGUGUUGUAAGCGACUGCUUCCGUUGCCAUCGAACAAGUGGGGGUUGGGAAAAAAUUGGAAGAAGGAUUGACGUGAGUUUUUUGAUUUCAUGAGAUUUUGAUGUUUUGAGAGGAAUUGAUUUGAUGAAGGAAGAGUAAACAAUGAAAGCGCCAAUUGAUAGGAUUUUGUAUCUUAUCGAUUAGCAUUAGAGCACUUGAACGAUUGCGAAGAACAAGAUAAACUCGAACGAUUACGAAGAACAAGAAGAUAAAGCCUAGUUGAGAUAAGAUAAAGCCUAGUUGAGAUGCUAGGGGCGAUUUCUGCCAGAACCGGGAAUGAGAACAAGUAAUUAACUUUAUUUCUCAAUGAAUGAAAUGAUAUAGAAUUCUAUUAUAUAUAGAAUUCUUAGCCCUAAAAUGUAUCUUGCUAACCAAGCAAGAUAAUUAAAUAAAAGUACAAAAGAUAUGGAAAUAAAUAAAGUUAACAAAAAGUGCUAGAUCAAAAAGAUAUGCUAAAUAGGAAAAGAUAUGUCGUGUUGUUGAUUGUUGAGGAGAUAUGUCUUACGAUAUUUGGUGAUGAGUUAGGCAACAUGAGAUCCCUAUCAACAUGUCAUCCAUUAUUAUCAAAUACCUCCUCCUCAAUAAGAUGUUGUGAAUUUCAAGCUUCUGUGCUUCGAUUCCUUUCAACGAAUCCUUUCCAUCUUGGUCUACUUUUAUAUUGAGCGAAGCUAGUAAUUGUGGGAGAAUACUUGGUAUACUACAAUCUUGUGAUACUGUGACCCAAGCUAGAAUAUCAUAUCGGUCCUUGACCGGUGGAUCAUCAUAAAUAAGUCUAGCAAGUGUGGACUUACCAAUGCCUCCCAUUCCGACAAUAGGGAGGAUUUGUAGGCCUAGAUAGGAUGUAUAUGGAGUUACUCGCUCCAUCAUCUGUUGUAUAUCUUCAUCAAAACCAACCACAACCACAACCACAUCAUCUUUGGUCGUGAUUGAUGGUGAAUCAUUGGGAUCUUCAUCUGCUAAUUCUCUGCCACUUGAAAGAGAUCUUCAACUUCACUCUUGAGUACAGACGAACUAACAGCAGGAGAAUGUCGGAAUUGCUCUUGCAGUAGUCAACCACAUCUCCAACAGUUGAUUUGAGCUCCACAGCCAAUUGCCCCAACUGAUGCGGAAAGUCUGACAGUUGGGUCUAUGGAUGAUAGAUUUAGUGGGGAGAAAAGAUAUUGAAUAAUCUCUUCAGUUGUAUUUGCCACCUCCCUUAUUGUUUCUUUUUCAGGAAAUUGUUUAAGAUUAAACUGCAACACAACAGCUUUGUGGUGGAUGGAUACAAUCUGUUGCUUAACAGCAGGAAUGAUGACAUGAUCAUCGUGGCGUUGAAGGAUUAGGAGGAGUAAGGUUUGUUGCAGGGACUCCAGAGCUUCAUAAGCCAUAUCAAGUUCUGUCAAAGUAACUGCUUAUCAAUCCCUCCCAUUAUUGGGAUACAAUUAUACUACUACUAUGUAAUAAUAUUGAUAGUACCACUAGCACUCUCUGUUUGAUCAGCAUGUGGGGAAUCUUUUGAAGCAGGGAUACUAUAAAUACGAGUGAAAAAGAAAAAUGAGCUCAAAAAGACUGCAAACAAUCAAACCUGCUACUAAAAGAUAGAACUAUCCUUUGUACGAUCAGAUACUGGGCUAAGGUACAUGAAAACCCGACCAAAAACUUUCUUCCACAUUUCCCCCAAUGCUCAGCAUGUGCCACAGACAGAGAUCGCCGCUGGAUUAUAUGGGGAAGAGGAAGACUCUCCCAAUUAUGGGAGAGUUUCUGCCGUUUUUUUCAAACUGGUUAAUCACGCAUUAUAUAUAUAUUUUUUUGUGCAAUCAUUCUGUUUUAAAUGUUUAUUUUUGGAAUAAUUAUUGUUUUUUCCUUUUUAUUAUACGUGUUGGAGGCGUUCGGUUGGCUAGAUUUUAUAUGCAUGUAGUGUGUUAGUUGAUGAGAUUCAAUCUCACAACUCUAACGAUGAAUAAUCAUAGGAUAAUUAGUGACAGUUAAUCUCAUAUUGACUAAAACAAUUUUAUUGACUAAAAUAAUCUCCUAACUAAUUAUAUAGAAACAUAAGACAACUUUUGUAUAGUAUACAGUCGGCAUCUUAACCGUCACACAAUCUUCACCAUGUCACCACCGGUCAUCGCGUCCCUAUCUCCCGCCGCCGCCGCUCCGCCGCUGCUAAAGUCUCUACACUCAGAACCACCACCUCAACUCUCCCGACCCGAAAUCACCUCGAUAUCGCGCCGCGCAGCCGCCGUUUUGCUCUCCUCAGUCAUCACUCCCAUCCUCGGGCCGCCUUUCGCCUCUGCAUUCUCAAUCGGCAUCUCAGGACCAAAGGAGUGGCUUAAGGAGCAGAAGAAGAAGUCGUUUAAAUUUCUGUUAGCUCCGGUUGAUGCCUCACGCAACAUCCUCCAGUCCGCCUACCUUUUGCUCAUGAAAAGUGAAGGAGAGUUAGGUGAAGGUGAAUUGGACGAAUUUCAGAAUUUGUUGGUUUCUGCAGCCAGAGAUUGUGUUCCUCGUGAUAGAAGUUCUUUCGUUGAAAUACAAGCCAAUACUGGAGUAGAGGUCUGCACAUUCCGGUUGAUUGUGAAAAAUGCAGCGUCCUUGCUUGAUGACAACGACCCCCUCAAAUUAGAAGCUGAAUCCAAGCUCAAUGAUCUCAUAAGAUCAUUUUCUUCUCUUAGUGGCAUGGCUCGGGAAGAAAGUGUUCAACUUACUUUGAACAGGAAGCAAAGAGUUGUAGAUGCACUUAAGGAUACCAUAUCUUCACUAAACAACUUUGAGCAGGGUAUCAAGAACUGUCUCCAAGUUUGAUCAUUCCACCUCUUGCUAAAUGUUCUUAGCAUGACUUCUUUUCAAUGUAAACUAGUACAUUGUAGAACAGGUGGUUUAUUUACAAUUUUAACACCAACACUGUCUAUUGCAAUA